UCCCCAGGCCGCCGAGCUGCCCUCCCGCGCUCCCUCCUCAGCAGCAUGGGUCGCCCGCGGUCCGUGCUGCGCCGCUCCUGGCUGCCGGCCCUGCUGCUGCCGGCGCUGCUGGGUCCCCGCCUGGCCCCCGGGCAGCCCGUGCGCUGCGCCCCGUGCAGUCCGGACAGGAUCGCGCUCUGCCCGCCCGUCGCGUCCGACUGCCCGGAGGCGGCCCGGCAACCCGGCUGCGGUUGCUGCCAGACCUGCGCCCUCGGGCCGGGACAGCCCUGCGGGGUCUACACGGCCCGCUGCCGGCUGGGGCUCCGCUGCCACGUCCCCGCCGGGGAGCCCCGGCCCCUCUCCGCCCUCAUCCAGGGGCACGGGACGUGCCUGCCCGCCAGCGAGGUCGGAGCGAUGCGCACGGCAGAGCCGGCAGACCCUGUCAAACCUGAUGAUAUGCCUUUGGAAAGCACUGAAAUAACACAGGAUCAGCUACUGAACUAUCAGUUAAUGUUUCCCAUGGGCCAGGAUAAGUCCAUUCCCUGGAAUGCCAUCACUGCAUAUGAAAACAUGAAAGCAAAGAGAACAUCUGAACUCAAGACAUGGAAAGAGCAGCAGAGAACCAUGGCUAGACCCGUCCCCAGCAGCAGCAACCCUGCCUUACGGAGGGGAGUUGGUCGGACACCACAGAAGCCCAGGGUCCUUGCCAGAAGGAGCUCUACAGAGCCCUGUACAGAUUGGCGAAGGCUCAGCAGGGAAGUGGAGGGGAGAUUUACAAAUUCUAUUUGCCCAACUGCAACAAGAAUGGAUUUUACCACAGCAAACAGUGCGAAACUUUACUGGAUGGAGAGUCUGCUGAAUGCUGGUGUGUCUAUCCAAAAAGUGGCAGAAGAAUUCCUGAAUCUCCAGAAAUUAAAGGAGACCCAGAAUGCCAACAGUAUCUCAACUCACAAGAAUAAAACCAAGUUUUCUGGGGGCCUGUUCUAGUCAGGAGGUGUUCCAGUCAGGAGCCAUUUCACUAAUGUAGUUCUGUGCACCUGAUUUUCAAUGUAUGAGUAAUGCCAUAAAGUAACAUUUUUACUGCACUGAGAUUGCCUAGAUGCUCAAGUGACAAAUAUGAGCAACUGCAAGAUCAAAUUCUACAAUCUUGUAUAUUUUGUUCUUAUAAUAUUAUAGAUAUCCUCAUAUGUAAAGAUGUUGAAGUAUUUAUUUCACAGUACAUGUAUUUUUGUCUCUACGUGUUGUUACUAAUUUAUAUUCUCAAACAUGAUACGUAACAUUCUUCAUAACUCGGUAUGUAAAUACUUAAUAUUAUUGCUCUUAAAUGUAUACAACCUAUGUUGGAGGAAUGUUGCUACCUAACACUUCAAAUGGCAUACUAUUGGGAAAAUUGCUUGUAAACUUGUAUUUUUUGUACUAUGUAUUUAUAGUGUCAAACUGAAUUUUAAAAAAUAAACUUCAGUAGAGAGCAUGCUUAAAAACUUACUUAAAACCUGUUUUGCAUAUAUAUCAUGUUACUUUUGCACCUCUGUUUCAAUGUCAAGCUGUUUCUUAAAAAAGAAAGUCUAAACCUUAAUAUAUAAUUACUGAAGAUCCUAAUGGGACAAUAUUUGUAUCUAUUCUUCAAAUAUAUGCACUGGAUAAAUGGCAAAACAAAACAGGAUAUUCUGCACCACCUUUGACAGGUGUAAGUCAUUCACAUGUUGACAAUGUCAUGUUAUUUAAGAUGAACUAUUAAAUAACGUCUUCUACUUUG